GUCAAAUUAUUCUCCUUUUACUCUUUUUAAUGACAGUUUGAGGCCGAUUGAAUGAAAACCGGCUGAAUAUUUGUGGACUAAUAGUGAAUUUAAAUCGAGUAACGUUAACCUUUUUGAGCUCUCCGGACUUCCGGAAGAAUCGCCUCAGACUUCGACAUUUCCCCCAUAUGGUACCCUAAGGCCACAGUCCAGCAUCAGGUAACUGCAAAAAGCAGCCAGCAGAGGACGGUCUGGGCCGAGUGUGGUCCCUAUGGAGAGCACCCCGUCCUGGACCAGUGGUCCCAUAGAUGAAGGGCCAUACCGAGAACGAUCUGUCGACCCCGUGGAGGUUGAGAUCCAGCAAAUUGGAGUGAGGCACAAAGUCAACAAGGAUGCUAAUGGAAAUACGACUGGGCCGGAGACGGUAAGCUUUCUCCCUGCCAAAGAAGAGCCCGUUUCGGGGACGUGUGUGUGCGGACCUUGUGCGUCCGUGGUGAGCUGCAGGAAGCUUUUUUGUAGCGUGUUGACUUGUGGAUUGUACCGUGUAUGUCGACGCUUGCCUUGUCUCAUUUCGAGCACAGCUCCUAACGCACCGGUGGAGAUCGUGUCAAGUCCUCCACAGGUUGAGAAUGGCUUCUACCCCGACGUCUGUAUUGGUGGUGUCAAGGUGGACACAUCCGUCAUUGAAGAGGAUGAGGAGUGUGUGUCGUUUUCCACUUCGAAAUUAGAGAUGGACAGUCCAGUCUACUUCAGUAGCUUACAGGACGAUGACUUUAUCGAUGGCAACGAGACAGAAGACGUGGACACGCUCAUCACCCGGAAGCUUAUGGAGGUCUUCUCCGAGUUUGAGAUCAACGAGCUGGCCAAGUGCACCUCGGACUCCAUGUUCCUGCGGCGUUCCCGGGAGAUCAGUCAACUGAUCUCGGAUAUCGUGCAGGAACACAACAUGGAGGAGAAGGAGGCCGAGUGCAGGCUCGUGCGAGAGAUUGUUCGCAUCAGCACGCGCAAGAGUAAGAAGAAGCCGCAAAUUCGUCCGCAGGAGCUGCAGCGGGACAGUGGGAAUGACACCUGGAACAGCAAAAAGAACAGCCAAAAGAGCAGCUUCAAUUCCAUGAGUGAUGGAAAGUUGCAGAUUUCCACGGAGAGGUCCGAUGACAUAGAAGCCAGGAAGUUACGCAACAACAGUAACCAGUCAUUUUCUCGGAGUUUCCAGGAAACUGGUGUGCCGAUCACAUCGGACAGUCCCUUACUACCCAGCGGCAUACGGGCGUGAGAGUUUUCCUUCAGAUCAUACAUCUUUUUUUUAUUUCCAAACGUCCUUAAACUUUGAAUACUUCAUCUCUUUGAAAAACUUGGAGUCAGUGGAUGAGUUUAGAAGUAGACCCCUGAAAAUUGUGAUUUCAUGGGCAGUUAACAUAUCUGAAGAGGUAGUUGUAUUUAUGCUUCUACGUCACAUUUUUGUUCUUUGGACUCUUGUGAUGGAUAUGUGAAGUAUCUUAAUGUUGCUGUCCAGCAAACACAUUUAGCUUGACUUCCUGAGAAUGAAGAAUGGAAAACAAUGUGACCUCUUUAUAGCCAAUAGAUGGGCAUAUACUGUGUAAAUUCAAAUUAGCUUUAUUGGCAUGAAUGUGUAAAAUAGCACAAUAUUGCCAAAGCAAACUGUAGCAUGAUUUAACUCUGCCUUUU